ACAGGUCCCAGCCACCCGAAGCUGUAACAGCUGGCUGCGCUAGAGAGUGGGCGGGACUGCUCUUAGCCGCAGCCUUGAGAGAGUUUUAUAGUAACCGGAGGGGAAAACACCUCUGCCUUUUAUUGCUCCGAGGACCUCUGUCAAAGCGACGCGGUAGACCUACUCUUUUGGUGGUAGGGGUAGACCGGGUGUGUCCGCCAUGUUGGUGAAGUCAAACCAAGGCGACUAGAACUCCAGGACGGUCAGCUUUGCUGGCUCGAGUCCGCCAUAUUAAUAAAAAGGAAGGUUGACCCUCCCUCGCCUCCGCCCUCCCCGCCCCACACACACCUUUUUCCCACCCGAGACUUAAGCUGUCUGGGCUAAGGCACGCCUGCCUCGAUUGUCCAGCGCUUGCCGGAAAGAAGCUUAGCUGCACAGGCUUAGGACGGCGCCGAAUGAGGGGCAAAGGGAAAUGCCAACCAAUUGCGCUGCGGCGGGCUGUGCCACUACCUACAACAAACACAUUAACAUCAGCUUCCACAGGUUUCCUUUGGAUCCUAAAAGAAGAAAAGAAUGGGUUCGCCUGGUUAGACGCAAAAAUUUCGUGCCAGGAAAACACACUUUUCUUUGUUCAAAGCACUUUGAAGCCUCCUGUUUUGACCUAACAGGACAAACUCGACGACUUAAAAUGGAUGCUGUUCCAACCAUUUUUGAUUUUUGUACCCAUAUAAAGUCAAUGAAACUCAAGUCAAGGAAUCUUUUGAAGAAAACCAACAGUUGCACUCCACCUGGACCAUCUAAUUUAAAACCAAACAUUAGUAGUCAUCAAGUCUUACUUGAACACAGUUAUGCCUUUAGGAAUCCUAUGGAAGCAAAAAAGAGGAUAAUUAAACUAGAAAAAGAAAUAGCAAGCUUAAGAAGAAAAAUGAAAACUUGCCUACAAAAAGAACGCAGAGCAACUCAAAGAUGGAUCAAAGCCACAUGCUUAGUGAAGAAUUUAGAAGUAAAUAACAUAUUGCCUAAGGGCACAUCAGAACACAUUUUACCAACCGCCUUAAGUAAUCUUCCUUUGGAAGAUUUUCAAGAUUCUUGAACAAGAUCCACAAGAUAAAACAUUACAAAGUCUCUAAAUCUGAAACAGACCAAGAGUACCUUUAUUUAAGUUGAGCUUGCAUAUAAUUUAAUGCCCAUUUUUUAUUCUUUUCAAAGAUAUUUAUGGCAAUUAUGCCAAAAUUCAGUAUUUAAUAAAGUUUUACUUGAAGUAAUGUUAUUACUGUAUUUUAACUUACGAAGACUUGAUUAUAAAAUAAUAGGCAAGUUUAUGAAAUUUUUAUUUGAAAAUGAAUGGAAGUGCCUUACAUGAAAAUUACGUACUUGGAAAUUUUUGUAGGAAAUUGUAUGUUUGCAAGGUGUUUUUGUUUUUGUCUUUUUAAACAACCAUUAAAGAACAGCUAAUGACAAAUAAUAUGUUUAAUUUAUAUUAAAAAAGAAUUUUUCCUCUGUACCAAAGUUGGGAUAUUACAUUCUAAAUAAGAUGCUAUAAGUAGGAGUUAAACAUAAUUAAAUGUGGGCUUAAAACUACUGAUUUUUGUAUUAAAUUAUUAUCGGCACUGUGAUUUAAAAUUUUACAGCAGUGGUUCUUAACCUGUGGGUUUCAACCCACAGGAACUGUAUUAAAGGGCCGUGGCAUUUGGAAGGUUGAGAACCACUGUUUUAUAGUAAAAAACCUGAGGUACAGGGCACAUUUUUUAAUUUACAUUUUAUGUUUUUCGUCAGUAAAAGUGAGCAUAUUUGGCCUCCCUCAUAAAAAUAUUAGAUUUUAAAAUUAGAUUGUAAAAUAUUUUGAAAACAGUAUUUUUUUUUUUUUUUUGAGACAGAGUCACUAUGUUGCCCUUGGUAGAGUGCUGUAAUAUCACAGCUCACAGCAACCUCCAACUCUUGGGCUUAAGCAAUUCUCCUGCCUCAGCCUCCCAAGUAGCUUGGACUACAGGAGCCCACCACAACACCUGGCUAUUUUUGUUGUUCUUCUUGUCAUUGUUUAGCAGGUCUGGCCGGGUUUGAACCUGCCAGCUCCAGUGUAUGUGGCUGGCGCCCCAACCACUGAGCUACAGGCGCUGAGCCAACAGUAUUUUUGAAUGUGAAGUACUCUUGAGUCAUCCAAACUAGAUUAAGGCCUCAAGUACCUCAAGCUACUAAUAGUGGUCUGGUAGCUAAUGUUAUAUUCACUUUCCAAGAAAAUACAUGCUGAAAUGAUACAAAAGGCAGACUCUAACUUUUACCUUAAUUAAGCAAAUAGAUACAUACUACACUUUUUCUCAUACUAAGAAUAUUACAUUUCCAAGCCCAAAAUUGGUGCUCCCAUGUGUGUUGAUACCAAAAUUCUUAAGCUUUUCUUUUCAACUACUUUCCAAAUAUAUUGAAUACCUCAGAAAUAGCAUAUCAGUAUAGCAAGCUUUUUUCCUCUCUCUUCAUAAACAUACAGUAAAAUGUAAUCACAGAAAAGUACUUAACAAGUAUCUUCACAAAUUAUCAGUUAAAUGUAAUCAGUUUAUCUUACUCAUAGGCUUGCUUUUUAUGUCCUUUCUUAGUAGGGAAGUGAAAUGUAGUUCUCUGUAAAGAUACGUGUACAUCAGUGGUAAAGCCAUGCAAAUGCUCAUUAUUUCAUAAAAUAGAAGAUUAGAACUAUUCCUAUGGUUGUCAUUUGAACAAUUCAAAUGUUUGCUUUAUUCCACCAAAUAUUUAAUAGGCACUUUUUCCUUCAUACAGUUUUAGUCAAAUCAUGUAAAUACUUAUUAAUAUAUGGUCAAGUUAUUUAACCCUAAUUCAAGUUUGUGAUACAAACAUAUGAAAGCAUAUAUCUAGUCAUAAACUGGUGUAAAUCUUUUCUAUAAAGUAAUGACUAUGAAUAAAAUCUUUUUUCCCAUCUUUUGGAUUGCUUUUAUUUUAUUUUAUUUUAUUUUUUUAGAGACAGAGUCUCACUCUGUUGCCCUCAGUAGAGUGCUCUAGCUUCACAGCUCACAGCAACCUCCAGCUCUUGGGCUUAGGCAAUUCUCUUGCCUCAGCCUCCUGAGUAGCUGGGACUACAGGCACCUGCCAGGAUUGCUUUUAUUUUAAGUAACAUUUGCUUGGAUCCUACCUACCAUCUAUUAGCAGUCUCUUUUAAUAAGGAAUAUCUCCCAAGCAAAUGCAAAGGUAGGAAAAGUCUCUUAAUUCCCAUGAGGUACUUACAACGAAUAUUUAUGAAAAUCCAAACCUUACUAGUCAUUUUAUCUUUAUCCUAACUAUUGGAUGUAGUUCCUUGGAAUUGUCAUUACAUGUUUUUGUUUUUUCCCUAAUACAGUGUCAAAUACCUUUUCACUAGUAUAUAAUCAUCAACGAACAUCUACUGACCAUAUCUACUUUAUAACUGAGAAUAAGUUCAGCAAAUAAUCAUUUGGAAAAAACCUAUUUUUCCAAGCACAGACUCUGAUGUGUUCAUCCUCCCACUCCAAAUACAAAACACUAAUUAAUGCAGCCAGGUUCCCAUCUUCAAUAAUAUCUUGAUCUCUUAAUAUAACAUUAAAAAUUAGAAAAAUAAGGCCUGUAAUCCUAGCUCUCUGGGAGGCCAAGGCAGAUAUAUUGCUUGAGCUCAGGAGUUCGAGACCAGCCUGAACAAGAGCAAGGCCCUGUCUCUACUAAAAAUAGAAAAACUAACAGGGCAUUGUGGCAGGUGCCUAUAGUCCCAGCUACUAGGGAGGGUGAGGCAAGAGGAUGGCUUGAGCCCAAAAGUUUGAGGUUGCUAUGAGCUAUGACGCCACAGUACUCCACCCAGGGCAACAGAAAAAAAAAUUUUUAGAAAAAACAUAAAAUGCAGCAAGCUUGGCAUGUUUACAUCAUCUUCAUUACUAUUUGACAGUAUAGAAUAAACUACCACUUAAUAAUGUGAGAAUAAAUGUUUGUGUUUUCUGUGUCAUUUUCAUGUUAUUGUCCUGAUAACAGGCUCCAAACUCCUCAUGUAUCAAAUUGUUUUAGUAACAGGCAUUUGUCUGUCUUAAAACUAGCUUCCUUCACAGUGAAAGAACUAAAAGGAAUCUCUUUAACAUCCUGUUUCAGUUGAUAGAUUUUCUAUCGCUCUGACCAUAAAACCAAUCAAAAUUGUAACACAGACCCUCUAUUUAAGCAUUGUGUCAGCUGGACACUGAACUCAACAGAGAGCCAGCUGAAGGCUAGGUAUUUGGUAUUAGAUGAAUAUAACCUGAUUUUUUUGUCCUUACAUUGUUCAAUCUUCUGAGAGAAACAAAUAGUGAAUGAUAAAGUAUGAUAAACACUAUAAAAGAAAUAGGUACAAGUGCUUUUUCGGUAAAUGCUAUUGAGCUGGAAUUCAAUGAGAACUAUAAACUUUAGGCCUUUUUGUAAUCAAAUGCAUUUCUUUUUAAAGAAAACAUUCUUAUAAUGACUUACCAAAGACAUUCGUGUUUGACAUGAAAUACAGUAUUAUUUUUAAUGAGCUGAAAGACAUAUUUACCCUUUGAAAUGAACACUGAACAAAUUUGUGGUUAAUGGCAUCUUUGUUGAAAGGAAAAUAUAGCUAUAAAUAAAAUGCUUCAUUAAAGCCAAGUACUAGAGUUUAUUUGAAAUUUGACAUUUUAUACAAAAUAAUAAACUCUUUUAACACAGAUGUUUAAAGUAAUUUAACUCUGAGUCUUACAAGGAAAGUACUUCGGCACGCAUUCAUUCUCUUGCUUUUUCCUUACAAAGAUAUUGUUUAUUAAGUGGUAUUAUCUCUGUUUUACACCUGAGGAAAUCUUUGUUAGUGUAAUUUAUUCAGUCGGGCGUUUACUCUGUACCGACCUGCACAAAGGAUAGACAUAACUGUUACCUAAACCAAACACACGUUUUCUGCCUCCAGAUUCCCUCAACUCUCAUGUUACUACCCUCUGGUUCACAUAUGAAUGUUAUUAAAAUAGGAUAAAUCAUGUAUGUAAAACAAUGACAGUAAGAUAAAAAUUUAUAUAUACAGUAGUCUACAAGAAUAUGGUUGAUCUGGGUGGCGCCUGUGGCUAAAGGAGUAGGGCGCCAGUCUCAUAUGCCAGAGGUGGAGGGUUCAAACCCAGCACUGGCCAAAAACCACAAAAAAAAAAAAGAGAA